AUGAAGAACAAAUCAACAGAAAUAGAGUUUAUUCUGCUUGGACUGACAGAUGACCCUCUGUUGCAAAUUGUGAUUUUCCUUUUUCUAUUUUUCAACUAUGUCUUGAGCCUGAUGGGCAACUUAGUCAUUAUUCUCCUUACCCUACUGGAUCCUCAUCUCAAGACUCCAAUGUAUUUCUUCCUACGUAACUUCUCCUUCUUAGAGAUUUCAUUCACAACUGUUUGCAUUCCUCGAUUUCUGAUAAGCAUUCUCACUGGAGACAAAACAAUUUCCUACAAUGGUUGCGCAGCUCAGUUAUUCUUUUUUCUUUUAUUAGGAGUUACAGAGUUCUACCUUCUGGCGGCCAUGUCCUACGACCGCUAUGUUGCCAUCUGCAAACCCCUGCAUUACCCAAUCAUUAUGAACAGCAAAGUGUGCAAUCAGCUUGUAGUCAGCUCUUGGGUGACUGGAUUCCUCAUCAUAUUUCCUCCUUUGGCCUUAGGACUUAAACUGGAUUUCUGUGCUUCCAAAACUAUCGAUCACUUCCUCUGUGACAGUUCUCCUAUCCUGCAGAUCUCUUGCACAGACACACAUCUCAUAGAAUUGAUGGCCUUUGUCUUAGCGGUGGUGACACUUGUAGUCACUUUGCUCUUAGUGGUUCUCUCCUACAUAUACAUCAUCAAAACUAUCCUAAAAUUCCCUUCUCGUCAACAGCGAACAAAGGCCUUUUCCACUUGUUCAUCGCACAUGGUUGUUGUCUCUAUUACUUACGGGAGUUGUAUCUUCAUGUACAUGAAGCCAUCAGCAAGGGAAAGGGUGACUCUAAGUAAAGGGGUAGCAGUACUCAACACUUCUGUUGCCCCUUUACUAAAUCCCUUUAUUUACACCCUCAGGAACCAGCAGGUGAAGGACUCUCUCAAGGAUAUAUUUCAAAGGUUCUGUUAUUUUCAAAAUAAUGACACAAAAUUUGGGCAUAAAUAA